ACACUAAAGACCAGUUCACAUAAACCAGGCUCUUGUCCCAGUUAAAAAGAGCUUCUCCCAUUCGUACCUUGUUUUUUUUUGGUGUCACUGAGGAUCUGGCAAAAGACAAGAGCCCAAGGAAAGACACAUUUGAAGACUGGCUUAUUUUGCUGCACUGACAAGAAUGCUGUGAUACUUCAGUUUCCUCUGCUGACAGGUUGCGGGCAAAGUCUACGCUGUCAUAUGCACGUACAUGUGUCGAGAGUACACGUCUCAGCUAAUGCACCAUUAUCUCAAAAAGAGAAAAAGGAUUACCAUCAUAAAGUGAGGUAGGAUGUACUCACCCCGUCCCCAGGACAUGAUGUCACAGGACAGAAGAAGAAUUUGGGAAGGGAGUGGAAAGCAGAUGCAGUUGUUUAUUCUUGCCUACCUCCUCCUCCUGGCCUUACCAUGCAUGGGCUUCCUCCCCAACUUUUGGUCCAGAGUGUUAACGUUGUCAUGGGACUCACACACACACCAGUACAUCACUGAGCAGGCUAUUCUCAAUGUCACCCUGGAGACCCUGAGGAGCACCAAAACAUCUCAGGGGAACAAUGAAGAGGAACAGACCAGACUGGGCCGUGGCUUCUGGAGAGCUGUGGGAGAGGUGGUGAAGUCCAAUGCGGCCAUGGACUUCCUGAGCAGCACCAGGUCCGACCCGGUGUACCACUUUGAUUCGGAGCAAGUGGACAGCGCCAUGGGGAUGUUACGGCAGUUCUGGGCUCAGACUCUGCUCUCAGUACGGGCCAAAGAGUACCAAAGUGCUCGUCACAGCUUGGGACAGCUGUUUCACUCGCUGCAGGAUUUCUACAGUCACAGCAACUGGGUUGAGAUGGGCCAGCGCUCCAUUUACCUCCACCUGCUGCAGCCAGAGGAGCCUGCCGUGCCUGUGGCUGAAGAAGACACUCCCACCUGUAUGGAGUGCUUCAGCGCCACCUGUCGAGACAACCUCCAGCCAGGACUGACAAACACACAGCGAGAAACCCAGCUGCUCACCACCGGCUACUUCAGCACUUUCCCUCCAAAACCUUACGGCAAAUGCAGUCAUGGAGGUAUUCUGGACAGUAGCCGCUAUAUGGGGGCCAAAGGGGGCAUCAACAAGGACAGCACCUCCCCUGUCUUCUCCCCUCACCAUUAUCUCCAUAUGGAGGCUGCUAAUUUGGCUAUGGAGGCCACCCUGAGUGUACUGAGAGACCUCGGAGACACUGUGGGCCCUGAAACGUUCCUCAGGCUCUUCAGUGUGAAGCAGAUCCCUGCGUUGGUGUUUGUCAUGGACACCACAGGCAGUAUGUUUGAGGAGAUCACUGCCGCUCGCUUCAGGGCUCACUCCAUCAUCGAGAGCCGAGCCAGCAACCCUGGGCUGCCUGGCACCUAUGUACUGGUGCCUUUCCACGACCCAGAGGUUGGACCCGUGUUUGAGAGCGAUGAUCCAAACCAGUUCAUCCAGCAGAUGGAUAACCUGAUGGCGCUGGGAGGAGGAGACGAGCCAGAAAUGUGUCUCUCUGCCAUUCAGCUGGCCCUCACUCACAGUCCUCCACUGUCAGAGAUCUUUGUAUUCACUGAUGCCUCCCCUAAAGACGCCCACCUGUUUGAUGCUGUGAAGGCUCUGGCACUUGAGAAACAGAGCAAGGUGACGUUUCUUCUUACUGAAGACCCCAAAUAUACAACAGAGAGCAGAGGCAGAAAGAGGAGGAGGAGGAGGAGGAAGAGGGAACCUUUGUCUCCUGACCGUUUCUCUCUUUACUCCGCCCUGUCCUCCCUGUCAGGAGGUCUGACGAUAUUCACCACCAACUCUGACAUCCGCAGGGUCUCGGCCAUAGUGGAGGAUAACACAGCCACUGACAAGGUGACCCUCCUCCAUGUGGAAAGCAACCAGGAUUUGAUGUCCUCCCAUUCCUUCAGAGUUGACAACUCAGUAAAAAACGUCACACUGCACAUCACUGGCAUCCUGACAGAGUGCAUCCUGACCAGUCCGUCAGACCAAAGUCAGUCUCUGCUGAGCGGGGACGGCCCCCUGGCAGCUUUAGACCACUUUGAGGGUCUGUACCGCAUCAGCCUGCUCUCUCCCACACAGCCAGGCCAGUGGAAGCUCCAAGCCAAGAGCGACGGACACCUCACCUUCAAUGUGAUAGGUGAAAGCAGUGCGGAUUUCCUGUAUUACUUUGCCACCGUAACCAAUGAGACACACCCAGGGUUAGAAAGAGUGGAGGGAAGUCCAGUAGCAGGUGUUCCUGCCUUUCUGGUGCUGGCUGUGAUGGGCUUGGCUCCAGAUGAGGAAGCGUCUUUCAGUCAUGUGACGCUGCUGGGAGCUGACGGGGAGAGCCUUCAGCAGGUGAAGCUGAACGCCUCCUCCUCUUCCUCCUCAUCAUCCUACUCUGUGGAGGAGCUGGUGGGAUGGGUGGACUCGGUUCCCAGAGCUCCUUUCUGUGUGCGACUAACAGGCCGAGACAGCAGAGGGAACACGCUGGAGAGAGUUUCCACAGAGAGGGUUCAGCCCACUCACGUUCAGAUACAGGUGUUGUCUGUCCCCCGCCUGGUACCCGGUAACAGCACGAUGGUGGACUUUGACAUCCUGAACCAUGGCCCGGCCCGACUCUUCAGUCUGACUGCUGAUGACGACUGUAAAUAUCUACAUAAGAGAGGACCUCACAGCUUCCAUGUUGCACAACAAGGGUCUUUCCGCGGUCAGGUGGACCUCCACACCCCUGCCACGGCUCAGGCAGGAGCUACCGUCACCCUCACACUCACCGUGCGCGCUCUGGACUCCCCAGACUCAAAUUACGCAGUGGCUUACUUAACUGUGAUCCCUCUGGAUCCGGACACGUCCCCUCCCUCCUGCUCCGCGGCACGAGUACAGUCCACCUGUCCCUCCACCUGCACUGAGUCCAGCUGGAGUGUUUCUCUGGUGGUCUCAGACAGGGGGCGCUCCGGCCUGGCCACCCUCCAGCUGCAGAAGGGUGAAGGCGUUCUGACUUUAUUCCACAGCCCCCCACCCACAGAGGAGAGCCUGGAGGGGACCCAGCAACCGGCAUACAAGGAUACAACAACCAUUGAAGGCCAUCAUCACCACAAAGCCAGAUUACAGAGAGGAGACCCCCCUCUGAAUGUUACUGAUUGGGUACCGGGUUUGUCUCAGCCUCUGUGGGCGAGGUACUCGUCCAGCUGCUGCUCCCCUAAAGCUGAGCUGCUGGUUUGGGACACAGCUGGAAACAUGAAGCGAUGCCGCCUAACAUCUGGCCAGCAGACACAGAUGAGAGACAGGAGAACAGAGAGCAGCGGAGCCAGAAGGAUUACACUCACCAGCGUCUCCGUCCUGGUAGGGGGUCUGCUGGGGUCUACUUUGUGAAGUCCAUGGGAUUACAGAUGUUUUGCAGGUCAAACUAAUCUGCGUGUUGAUCACUGGAAAAGAGAUGUAAAAAAAAGAGAUACAAAAGAACAGAGGUAAAACUCGAACAAAACUAAUUUAGAAUUGAAAUAAAUGCACUUAAAACAAAAAACUGUCCUUGUUGGUUGGUGAUAAUGUGAUUGCUACUGUAAUUUGUGAAGAAGUUGCACUGAAUAAAGAAUAAAUCAUUUCAUAUGUACUGUCA